UCACGCACCCGCUCACACACUCUUCAGACUCACACACAGACCUUCCUUCAGACACUCUUGCCUCAAACCUGCUCAGCUGCUGUGGGUAGGAGUACAAUCAAAACACAGCUUCUGACCAGGAAAACUCCUGUCUCCUUCUGACUGAGCCAUGCUCCUCCAUCUGUAGGACGGGGGUGCUUCACACUGUGUAAAGCUUCCGACUGGGGCAAUAGAAAGAAGCUCCCCGGACUCCCCGACCCGGACCCCAUCCCAAAUAGAGCAGCAGAUGUGACUGAGAAGGAGAGGCGGAGAGAGAAACACAAUCUGCCCCCCACCCCGUCCCGUCUUCAAGAACAAUACCCUGCAUUCAGCUGGAGAGGGUCAGUUUUUGUCCUUCUCCCCAGGCUGCAGCUCAACUGGAGAGCAGACAGACGCGCUGACACGUUGACCCGCUGCAGCGAAGAGGAGAGGAAAGCAGCCCGCUGCACUCUACUUGCUUUGAUUCAGUACUUGGACAGUUCCCGAGCAACAACUGGAGAGAGCGUGUGAGAGUGUUUUCAGCAGACUGUGGAGCGUCUGGCUCAUGAGGGACUAAAGACCACAUCUCACUUGCAGAUUAAAAAAGACAAAAAAGAAAAAAAAGAAAAUCCCUGUGAUGCAGAAACCAUUUUCACUCAAGCUCGACCUCAGUGGUCCUUCUCCGACCCUGGGAUCGGAGGGAAGCACCGCCACCGGCAGCUUCCUGCAGCUGGGAGAGAAGCAGCUCUUUGAGAAGUUUUGGAAAGGGACUUUUAAGGCUGUGGCCACACCGAGACCGGAGAGCGUUAUUGUAGCGAGCAUUACCGCCCGCCACAGAGUGAUCGGCUCAGAAACAACAACAUCCUACCAGCCGCUUCAGACAGACGAUCGGAAAGCUGCUGACAUGCGGGUGGACAGAGUAGACAGGAACGGCUGCAUCAAAGGGAGCGGACGUAAACACCACAGCCACCGCAGGGCCAGAAUACGCUCCUUUGAUGGUGUCCUCUCCCCUCGAGCGAAAGGGAAGAAGAAGAAGAAGAGAAAGUCUGAGCGGAAGAGAAAAAGAAGAAGGUCUCCUUCACACAGUCUGUCACCAGUGAGGAAGAAGAAAAAGAAGAAGAAGAAGAGCUCCAAGAAAAGCAAGCGCCAUAGGUAUACCUCUAAGAAGUCAAAACACAGCUCUUCAAGUUUAAAAUGUAAGAGGAAGGAUGAACGCAAGCACAAGAAAAGUUCACGGACUCACUCCUCACGUCGGAGGCGGCACUACAGGAGGUCGGAGUCGUACGCUUCCUCCUCCAGAUCCUUCACGGGGGACAGACACCUGCAGAAGUCUGUGGUUCAUCAGGCUUUCAGAGCCAUGGGAGGGACUGGAGAGGAAACCCGAGCAGCGUUGAUCCCCACCGAAGCAAAGUGGAGACAUGCAUCUAAAUCUGUGUGUAAAACGGCUCCUAAAUAUCGCUCCAUCCUCUCAGCGGGCACCAUUUUGUCGUUGAAGCCUGGAAGCGAGCUUGUAAAUGGGAAAGGAGCUCAGGAUUUUUCGAGUCACGCCGAAGGUACACGUGACUACGACUCUGGUAACGACACAUCCUCACCUCCAUCAAGCAAAACUGGUGUUUCUCGAGCAAGUGUCGCUGAAAACCAGAGGAACUGUUGUCAACGUCUUACCUCACCUCCUGAGAAGCAACGCUUUGCUGACAGAGACAACGGCUCCGAUUCAGGGAACUCUGUGACAAGCUACGCUUCCUCAUGCAAACCGUGCAGGGAACAUGGCUUCUCUGCUACCAUUUUCAGUGGAAACAGCAAGAGUGGGCAGAUAACCUUGGGAUGUGAGGAAGAAGUUGUGAGAUGCCCAAAGGCAGCUCGAUGUGCGCAGAGGAGGAGCAGGUCGUCUAGAAAGCGGCGGAAAGCGCAGUCCUCCUCCAGCAGCAGGAGCAGAUCUUCAGGGACUUCCAGGUACUCUGGACGCUAUUCUCGAAGCCCUUCACUGUCUUCUUGCAGCUCGUACUCUCGUUCCCUGAGUAACUCAUCAGAUGUGAGGCGAAGAGGCAGCUUGGUCAGCCUGAGCUCCAGAGGAAGCUACUCCAAAUACAGUGCUGAUAGACUACGAGACAGAAAGCGUCAGUCCAGUUCCAGAGAGACAAAUCUGAAGCACAUGCAUAAGGUUAGUGGAAAGAGACGAAGACGCAAGUCCUACUCUCCUAUGAGGAAGAGGAGGAGAGACUCUCCAAGCCAUCUGGAAGCACGCCGCAUCACAAGUGCCAGGAAGCGACCCAUACCUUACUUCAGACCCAGCCCUUCCGCCAGCAGCCGCUCCACCAGCGUGUCGUCAUGGAGCAGCCUCUUCACACGAAGCCGCAGUCGCAGUCCGAUCCACAGCGUGAGCCGCAGUCACAGCCGCAGCUGCAGUCGCAGUCGCAGCUACUCUUCCUACAGGAGCUACAGCCGGAGCUCAUCGUGGAACUCCAUCUUUGGGUCCCACAGUCGCAGCCGGAGUCGGGGUUCUUUGAAGAAGCGAAGGAAAGCCCGGCGUUAAUGUUUUGCUGUUCAGAGACAGAAAGUACAUUUGUAUUCGGGGUCAGGACAGAAGCUGUAGGGGCUGAUGCUUGGACUAAAAUAUCCCAGUAUUUCUUCAAGGCCAUCUGUCAUUGAGAUGUGUCUGCUCUAACAUAAACAUUUUCACUUUUUGUUCCUGCACAUCAUCUUCUUGCACCGGGAAGAGAAAUUGCAUUUCUGUAUUUAUAAAACCCACGUCCAUGUUGAAUAUGUCCAACUGAGAUGCAAGUUUGUACACUUCUCACUAAUUCUUGUGUCUUAAUGCAUAGAAUUUACUUAAUAUGUUAUUAUGUAUUAUUGUGGAAAAAAAACAACAUUUUUUUUGGUUUAAAACCAGGCCCAUGAAGCAUCAAAAUUACUUAUCCCAUUUAGUUUAUGCCCUGAUGUUUGGCAGGGCAACAAACAUGAACUGUUCUGUUGGGUCUUUGUGACACUGAUUUUACACCAACAGAUGAAGUACAGGGGUAACAUUUAAGCUGUUUGAUCCUGGCGUUCACAGACGGCUUCACAGGGAUCGUUAUCAGGAAUCAGGAAAAGGCUUCUGGCUCUGAUCUCAGCACUUCACAAGACGGAGAACAAACAUGUUUCCUCGGCGUAGGUGGCCUGACGGCGAGCAAACGGCCUGUCAGCUUAAAUGUCACCUUAAUUUCUCCUCUGAUCAAGUGGAAAACAAUUUAAAAUGUCUGUCUAUACAUCGGCGAACAUAUUUUCAUGGUUUUGCAGGAAGUCUUUCUCUCAACAACUAUUUCUUCCUCUUGAUCCUUUUCAGUUUCUGUCACAUUACAACCUGAAAUAUGAAUGUAUUUCAUUGGGAUUAACAGUUGGGAUAGACCAAAACAAAGUAGCACAUAAUAGUGAAGUUUAGGGAUGCAUAAUAUUGACAUCAGUAUCAGCUGAGGUUAGUCAUUUUUUAACAUGUCGAUAUAAAGUCCAAUAUGUAAAGCUGAUUUCAACAGCUGAAAAUCUGUAGCCUUUUGCAGACUCUACCAGAUUUUUUUGGGAAGAUUCCUCCUGGAUUUACUGAUUAAGGCUGUAGAUCAGCCUUACCACAGCAUCACACUACCAGCAUCAUACUUCAUCAUAGGGACAGUGUGCUCCAGAGGACUAGCAGUGUUAGUUUUAUGCCACAGAUAGUAUUUUAUACAUAGGACCGAAAGGUCAGUUUUGGUCUCAUCAGUUCUUUUGCAUGUUUUUUGUAUCCCCUACAUGACUUGUACUUACUGCAAGUUGGAUUUUUUCCUUCUUACAUGAAGGCCAGAUUAGAGAAUUGCUUAUAUUUGUCUUGUCAAAAGGUCUCAAAUCUGAGCAGUGGAUCCCUGCAGCUCCUCUCGAUUCACCAUUUGCUUCUUACCUGCUUCUGGUGUCUUUGAUGAUCAGGUCUUGUUAGAUUUACAGUUUUUACACACUCUCUUCUCUUUUAGAUAAAUGUGUUCCUUCCUUUGCCUUCACGAUGCCAUUUGUUUUGAUGUUUUCACAGAGCAGCUAUAAUUUGACUAAGAUUUAUUGAAACACACCUGCACUGUUUGCAAAUUAUGAAAAUACUCAACCACCUGGUUGUAACAGAUUUUUUUAGAGUUAUCAGAGGAUUUGUCAAAACUUUUUAAAAGCCUAAAUAUUUUUUCCUCUGACUUUACUAUUGUGUUCCACUGCGGGUUGGUCUUUCCAUUAAAGUCUCAAAAUACUGUAGUUUGUUUGUAAAAUGACCAAAACUGUACAAGCUCAAAGAGUGUGAUUGCUUUUGGAUUUCCCUGUACCAUGCUUAAAUUACUUUCACUCAUACACACGCUUAAACUUUAUUCUAAUCAGGUAAAUGAUGAUUUAACUGAUGUCUAACACAAGUACUUUAUUUCCUUUAAUAUUUAUACAACACUGAAACAAAACCUGUAAGCCAUUUUUUAUUGUGCAUUAGCAAACAUGGUUAUUGUUUAAAAUGUAUAAGUGCUUUUUUUUAUGUAGUUGUCAGAUGUUGUAUGUAAGGCUGCUAUCUCUUAUUUAUUUUCUUUUACAACUGCAACACAUUUUUUCUGUAAAAUGUUAUUUUUUCUAUAUAUGCAAAGGUUUAAUUAGUCCAGUACACUCAGUAAAACAAACUGUUAAAUUAGUUUCCAUUUAGAAUGGAAAAUAUUUGCAGUUUUGAGUUGAUUUCAGUUUGUCAAAAUACAUUUUGACUCCCUAAUAGUUGAGAACGUCUAAAUAAUCUUCUGUAGAGUAAAAUCCCACAUUCAGUGAAGCCUCCACUAAUUCCAAAAUGUGUUAUAUAUAUUGAAACUUCAAUUUUAAUCUUAUCUUUUCCCCAUUUGUGUUAUGAGCUUGCAAGUUAAGCUAGGAUGAGAAUACAGAAACUAGAGCUGAAAAGAAGCCAACAAUGAUUACAUUUGAAGAGUCUAUUAUAGUAUUUGACUUUUGUUCACCUAAUAGAAUUAUUGGGUAUCCAAUGGGUAAUUAUUAGGCAGUAUUUUGGGGUUUUUCCUGUUCACUGAUGCUCCUGAAACUAACACAAGGCUCAGCAACCUUUUCAAUCGAAGCCGUUCUUGUCCCAGUUUUGUGUUUUGUGACGGACCAACAACACAUCCAGGGUUUCUCAGCCCAUGAUCACAGAAUAUGUCCACUGGCUCCAAGAACUUUUGUGAAUUUGGUUUUUGCCUGAUGAGCCAUUUCAGUGUAUUUGUCCCCGUGAUUUUGAUCAUUAUCUUAGUGAUGUCCCAUUUUUAGUUCUCUGGUAGAGUUUACAAUAUAUUUAAUUCAAAUAUCCUGGUUUGGAAAAGUCAAGCCUAUUGCAUCACGUAUGAGAUGACAAGGAGCUUUUUCACAUAAUCAUCCUUUGUUUCACUCCAGACUUAACCUGACAGACUGUUAUAAUAAUUAGUUUAUUGUCUUGAGAUAGUGAGUUAUCUCAUUUUCUUGACAAACUCGCUUCAUUAUCUCGAUACUUUUACUGUACUUUCAUAGACCGGUUCCUCAUUAGACCAUAUAUUUUGACCAGCUCCAAGAAAACAGGCUGUUUUCUCCAAAAUGCCACACUAUUCCUUCAAAGUUAAUUUCAUGGCGGCUCCAACUCCAAAACAGCUUUUGCUUAUAAUUAAGGGUCAUGCUUCGUAAUGGUUUCAGCUCCUUCAUCCUGUCUGCUCCAGGCCUGAAAGACUGCUGCUCUCUAUGCACUCAACUCUCUCAGCUUAUUUCCCUAAAUGUCAGCUAAAUUGGACAAAUGAGGGAAAUGUGCUGCUGGAAGAGAAAAGAAGUUGGUGCCAAAAAUAUAAUCCAUAUACCACAAGCUGAUGGUGGCAGAUGUGAACCUGUGCUGGGGGGAAGAUUUGGACAGUUGUGUUAAUAAACUUAGACAGACAGCAAUGCCCUCUCUCCGAGUUCUUGUGCAAACAGGAGUUUGAAUAUGAAAUUACCUUGUAAAUAGGCACCAGGACUGUGUAAAUAAUACAAAAUGUGUUUUUUUUUUAUUUACGGCACACAAUUGGAGGCCUAUUGUAAACAUUCAGAAUGCAAUGCAUCAACAAAUGGCAAUUUAAAUGUACUUGAAUAUGAUUUGAGGUAUUAAAAAAACAUAAGCAAGCUGUUAUAGCAAUAGUGAUUCAUUGUGAAAUGAUGCAUUUUUAUUAUCAUUUUCAAUAUCUACAAACAUGCAAAUCAUAUAUUUUUUUGUACUGCAUGUGUGUCAAUGUAAAGUCCAUAUUGUAAUAAAGUGUCAACUGGAACCUCAACAUAAUAUACAGUGGCUUCCAAAUGUCUUUAUUACCAUUGAAAUUUUUCAAUUUGUCUCAGAAACUCCAGAGAAAAUGUUUAAGGGUUAUAAUUACAUUUCCAGCGCUUUGAAAUCAACAUGUUUGUGGAAGAAGCUCCAUAUAGAGUCCUGCUGCUGAUGAAGUGCCAUCGCAGUCUUGCUUUCUGCUUUAAGAACAGAGAGUCAACACUUCCCAUCUUCUCGAAGUUGACUCAGUCAGUUUGUUGUAUCAAUGUUGUGACAUCAGCGCAUUGGACCUGAAGCUCUGUGAUCAUUUCUAUUAAAGAUCAGUGAGUCAUCAAGAGGAGGGGGCUCCACCAUGUGUACUGUAUGCAACUCAGUUUGGUAAAAAGUAGGCUGGUCCUGUGUCAGCUGUUGCG